AUGGCGUACCCCGCGGCGCCGCACGCGAGCUCGGCCUUCCUCGCCAGCCCCGCGGCGCCGCUCCCCGCGCGCCGCGCCUCGCCCCCGGUCCCGCGCCGCGCGUUGUCGGCCGCCGCCGCCCCCACCACCAGCAACUGCGUCCUCGCCGACGCCCCCCGGGAGAUCAAGGAGGAGCAGGCGGACGCGGGCGCCCAGGCGGCGGCGCGGAGGGACGUCAGCCCGGACACGGUGGCCUCCAUCAUCCUCGGCGGUGGCGCUGGCACGCGCCUCUUCCCGCUCACGCGGACCAGGGCCAAGCCCGCGGUGCCCGUCGGGGGAUGCUACAGGCUCAUCGACAUCCCGAUGAGCAACUGCAUAAACAGCAAGAUCAACAAGAUCUACGUCCUCACCCAGUUCAAUUCCCAGUCUCUCAAUCGCCAUAUCGCACGGACAUACAACUUUGGUGAGGGAGUUGGAUUUAGUGGUGGGUCCGUGGAGGUGCUGGCAGCUACCCAGACAGCUGGGGAAUCCGGAAAGAAAUGGUUCCAGGGAACAGCAGAUGCUGUCAGGCAGUUCCUCUGGCUUUUUGAGGACGCAAGACUCAAAUGUAUAGAAAACAUACUGAUUCUGUCUGGCGAUCAUCUGUAUAGGAUGGAUUAUAUGGACUUUGUGCAGAAGCAUGUUGACUCUGGUGCUGAUAUUUCAGUUGCGUGUGUUCCUAUGGAUGAAAGUCGAGCAUCUGAUUUUGGAUUGAUGAAGGCUGACAGGAAUGGUCGUAUCACUGAUUUCGUUGAAAAGCCCAAGGGUGAAAAUUUGAAAUCAAUGCAAAUGGACAUGGGAUUGUUUGGAUUAUCCCCAGAGUUUGCAAGUACAUACAAAUACAUGGCUUCAAUGGGAAUAUAUGUAUUCAAGGCAGAUGUUCUCAGAAAGCUUCUGAGAGUCCAUUAUCCUACAGCUAAUGAUUUUGGCUCAGAAGUGAUUCCAAUGGCUGCAAAAGAUUAUGAUGUGCAGGCUUAUUUGUUUGAUGGUUACUGGGAAGAUAUUGGAACAAUAAAGUCUUUCUUUGAAGCAAACCUUGCUCUCACUGAUCAGUCUCCCAACUUCUAUUUUUAUGAUCCCGUGAAACCUAUUUUUACAUCUCCUAGAUUUUUACCUCCAACCAAGGUAGAAAACUGCAAGGUUUUGAACUCUAUAGUUUCACAUGGCUGCUUUCUAACUGAGUGCAGUGUUGAGCACUCUGUCAUUGGUAUCCGCUCAAGAUUAGAACCGGGAGUGCAGCUCAAGGACACAAUGAUGAUGGGGGCAGAUUACUACCAGACUGAAGCUGAGAGAUUAUCUGAACUGUCAGUUGGAAAAGUUCCAGUCGGUGUUGGAGAGAACACUAAAAUAAGGAACUGUAUCAUUGAUAAAAAUGCUCGAAUUGGGAAGAAUGUAGUCAUUAUGAACUCUGAGAAUGUGCAAGAAGCAGACAGGCCAGCUGAAGGAUAUUACAUUCGUUCUGGGAUAACUGUGGUGCUCAAGAAUGCAGUAAUUCUGAAUGAUACAACAAUUUAG